AUGCUGAACCUCCUCCUCGCCUUGGGGAUACUACCCGCCCUUCUCCUCCUUCGGCGGUUCUACUACUCUUACAUCAUGCCCAACUUCAUCGAGCGACCUGUCGGUGGUAUCCCGCGCCCACCGCUCGUAGCGGACUGGAUACCGUUCAUCGGGAACGGGCUGAGAAUGACGCAGGGGGAUGGAUUCUGGCGGGAUGUGAUUAGGCAGUAUGGGCCGGUGGUCAGGGUGAGGGCUAUGGGGGAGGUCAGGACGUUCGUGACUACUCCAGGUCAGCUCAUCAGCUAUGUCUACAAGAACUCCAGAAACUUCUCCUUUCUGCACUUUAGGCGCACCCUGCAUAGCACCAUCUUUGGCCUGCAAAUGAGUCAUGCGCAGUCGGACGCGAUGACCGACAAGCUCUUCCCGCAGCAUCAUCGGGAAAUGCAGCCGGGCAGCAUCGCCGACUUGAUACGAAAGUAUGCGGAUCAUUUAGAGGAUGGGAUGAAGCGCAAGGUGGAACAGAUAGGGGAAGAGGGGAUAGUCAUUGAUCUUGUGGAGGAUAUGUUUGAUAUCUUGUACGAAGCCUCCGCAAAAGCCUUCUUCUCCCCGUCAUUCCCACACGCAAGCUUCAAGCCCACAUUCAUGGCAUUCGACGAAGCGUUUCCACUUCUCUACCUUGCUGGUCUGCCGAAAAUCGCACGCCGGUCAGCCGAAAAGAUCCGCGAAGACGCUCUGCGCAUGAUAGAGGAAUGGUGGGUCGAUAUCUCCUUCGAGGAUCGUAAGGAGAUUGCGCCGGCUAUGCUGGGGAUGGUGGAAGUGGCGGAGGGCGAGGGGUGGUCAUUACGGGACGUGGCGAGUUUCUUCUUGCAAGAGAUCUGGGCGCUAGAGGCAAACGCGCCUUACGCGGGAAUAUGGACCAUCCUCGAACUCCUACGCAACCCCGGCAUUCUCGCUCGCGUCCGGACCGAGAUCACCAAUGUCAUCUCUACUCUCUCCCCGCCGACCCUCUCUACGCUCCUCCACCGACCCCAACCGGGACUACCAGGUCUCUUACCCAUCACCAACGCGGUCUUUCAGGAGACCCUUCGGUUCCACGUCGAUACGCUAUCGCUCCGGGUCGUGCAGGAAGAUUGCGUUGUUCCUCCUAGUCUGAUCCCGGCGGGAAUAGGGAAAGAGACAGGUUUGAGACUGUAUAGGGGGGACCAAGUGAUCUGCGCGACGAGGGUGCCGAUGGUGGAUGAAGAAGAGUGGGGGCCGGACGCGGGAAAAUGGGAUCCGGAGCGGUUUAUGAAGGGCGGCGCACAGGGGCGGGCUAUGCACCCUUUCGGAGGAGGUGUCUCGAUGUGCGAAGGUCGUCAUUUCGCCUCUGCCGAGAUCCUCACCUUUAUCGCAGCCUUCACGUACCUCUUCGACGCGGACGUACUUUCGGACACAAUCAAGCCGAAUCCGCAGCGGAUCGGUCUCGGGAUACAGCAGCCUAUGGGUAGCGCCAAAGAAGGGGAGAGCGGCUCCAACCCCGCCAUUGAGACGGUACACGGGAUGGGCGUAUGGCGUAUGAGCGUGACUCAGUGA